UGUUAAUAUGAGUUAACACUGUUGUAGUACAGCUGUCGUUAAAUUUUGGGAACAAAUGACUAUAGCAUUGCAUUGACACUCACUUAUAGAUAUAGAUAUAUCAAGAAUUGACUUUCUUUUCAAUUAUAGUUAACAUAUCUGACAUGUUUUAGACGUAACUCAAGAAUAUUACAAUUUUGUUAUAAAGCGAUGGCUAAGUCAUUGGUUAAGUCCAUAUCGAGUACAUUGAAGAGUUCACCUCAUGAUGAAGGGUAUGAUAACAAAGUCAUACAACCAGACACUGUCAGCGAUGCUGAAGACGAAAAUAAUGAUCAAAAUAAUCCAUAUAUUAAUGACUCGACUAUUAUUACACAAUUGGUCUUAAAUUCUAGUAUAGGAUCUCACUAUAAACCACAGAUGGGCGGACCCUUCUCGUCACUUCAUCCAUCCAUAUGGCCUGAAGAUAUCAUAGCAGCUCUUUCACAACCAGAAGAUUCACAACCACCCCAUCAUUUCAAUGAAUAUGGAUUCAUAACAGAAUCUAUAGAUAAAUUAAGACAUCACAAUGAGAAUCAAUUACAAGAUUUGGAUGAAGAUAAAUUUGCAUCGAUUUGCAAACACAAAGAAGAUGAGCUAAGAUCUAAAUGGAUCUGUUAUCUCGAGUUUAAUUACAACAAAGAAGCCAUACCACAGAUGAAAUGGUCUCAAGUAGACAUUCAGAUGAAACACACAAAAGUAAUAACUGAAUUGAUUAAAGAAGGUAUUUGUUCUUCAUUAAGAUCAGCCAUUUGGAUGCGGACAUCAAAAGGGAUGACACUUAAAGUAAACAGUAACUGGAGUUAUACACAAUUGUGUGACCUUUCCAAUCACGUCCCAUCCCUUUCAGACAAACAAAUAUCAAAAGUUUUGCCGACAAACGCGUGUUUUAUGACAAGUAAUUCGGUAGGUAUUGAAAGACUUAGAAGAAUAUUACGAGUUAUCAAAUGGUUAAAGAAAAACGGGACCACUGUUUACAAUAUGAGUCGGGAAUCAGUUAACCUUUCAAUUAUCGCCGCAUAUCUGUUACUCGUUUGUGAAGAAGAAGAUGCCUUUUGGCUAACGCUCUCAAUAAUCAAUGAAUUGAAAUCAUUUAGUCAUCAAAAAACACUCAUUUCAUUAAUUAGCACUCAUUGUCCACAAAUUGAUGAAAUACUUAAACAACACGACAUUGAAAUAAGUCUUAUAACAAAUCACUGGUUUUCGACUCUCUUCGCGGCCUUCAUUCCCGACACAAAAACUCUCUUCCAUUUAUGGGAUCUUUACUUCUAUUUUGGAUCAAUUGUUAUAUUUCAGUUGACAUUAGGACUUCUUGUUUCUCAAAACAACAUAAUUUGUGAUAAUAAAGACUCGGCUAAUAUUUUUAAUGCAUUAUCAGAUUUACCGUCACAUUUGAAAGAUUAUUCAUCUUUAUUAUCAAUUUGGAGUUCUGGUGAACAGUUAGUCCAACAUUUACCUUCAAAUCAGAUACAAAGCAAUGCGAUGUCUGAAAGUAGUUCCAAUAAUUCUUCAUUAUUACAGUUGCCAUCAUUUAAUUCAGAAACCUCUGACUCAGACUUAAAAACCAAAAAUAUAAGACAAACUUCAAUUAUUUUAGAGUUACACGAAGCUAUCGAAGCUAUUGGACGUCACUUUGAAGUUCAUGAACCGGGAUUUAAGGCUAAUCUAACUAUUGAUUAUUCAAAUAUCGAUAUUAUUGAUGACGAAGACGAAGAAAUAAAUAAAAGAAGACAACAAAUGAAAUUAAAGAGAGCAAAGGCUUUGAUUGAUUUUCAAAGACACGAUUCCGAUGAAUUGGGAUUCAGAAAGAAUGAUAUCAUUACUAUAAUUAGUGAAAGGGAUGAACACUGUUGGGUCGGGGAGUUGAAUGGUCUGAGAGGUUGGUUUCCCGCAAAGUUUGUCGAAAUUCUCGAUGAAAGAAAUCAAGACUAUAGUAUAGCUGGUGACGAUCGGGUCAUACCUUUUAUCAAUGAUUUAGUUAGGGGUCGACUAUAUUUAGCUCUAAAAGCAAUAUUAACUUAUGGAAUGAAGAGGACUUUAUUCAUGACAACUCAUCCCUGGAUUAUAAUAGAAUCCAUUUCCAAGGCUUGUGCUGAAAGUGAUUUCAAUUCAGUUUAUUCCCGACUAGUGUUGACCCGAACAUAUCAUUUGGACGAAUUUGCAAGAGUUUUGACUCCUUCAGAGCUUUUAUACAGAAGUAUAGCUCAUAUAAACCAUACCCAUGAAAAUGAGGCAAUGGAUGUUAAACUAAGAUCUUUAGUAUGCAUUGCAUUAAACCAAAGUAUUCUUCAUGAAUGGUUUGUUGUCAUUUGCGCCAAUCAACCGCACAUCAUAUCCAAGUGGUACUACAACUGGAGCUUUCUUAGUAGUCCUGUUUGGAAAAUGAUUAAAUCAGAGCUUAAAUUAUUGACACAAUUUUCAUUCAAUUUGGACCCAAAUGUAGAACUUCCGGAAAGCAUUCAACCCAAGUCUCCCGUCUCGAAGGAUGGCGUCAGAGAUAUGUUAGUAAAACAUCACUUAUUUUCGUGGGAUAUUUAAAGACAACAAACAGUUAA